AUGAAGGGGUUGGCCUGUCCCUGCCCUGGCCUGCCCCACUUCUGGCAGCUCAGGGCUCCAUUCAUGGCUGAGAGCUCUGCGACUCAGGCCCCUGGCCAAGGGCCCUCUGUCAGCAUCCAGUUUCUGCGAGCCCAGUAUGAAGGCCUGAGGAGACAGCAGAGGACCCAGGCCCACCUCAUGGUGCUCCCCAAAGGAGGGAGCUCUUCUCCUGCCGAGUCCAUGAUCAGUGCUGUGUGGAUCAACAAGGAGAGAAGUUCACUGCCCCCAGAAGACACAGAGCCAGGGCUGGACGGGAUGCCGGAGGAAACUGAUGGAAGCUGUUUGCAGGCACCUGAGUCACUGUGGCACACACACCUAGAGAUGCAUCGCGUGGUCCAAACCUCCCACCAGGAAACGAAUCAUCAGUUGAUGCCAAACAAUCAACUUGUGGCAGCUAUUCAAAGUCUCCCUUCUGAGGGGGACCCACACUCCUGUGAAAAUCAUCAGAAGGCCCAGCCUGAGGCAGCACAGUGUCAAGGUCAUGUGGUUUCUACCCAAACAAAGGCAAUGGAAUCCAAUGUAAAAGCCAGCAUUCAGUGCCCCCCCUUUACAACGAACCCACACAGGCCUGGCAAACCAGCUCACUACCCAUUUCCCCAGAGGAAAACACCCAGGAUCUCCCAGGCUGCCCGCAACCUGGGCUUAUAUGGCCCUGCCUAAAGCUCUGGACUUAGCCAGAUGUCUCAGCCUUGAGAUGACCUAUGGACUGACUCAUCAAAACCCAAUCAAAGAGACAGAGCCACACCAGAGCUAGGAGAAAGAGCAGGAGCAACACAAUGUUGGCCAUGGAAGUUCACAGUGGGAACAGGAUUUUGUCUUCCAGAAUACGAGACGAUGCCCCC